AUGUCGCCCGCACUCGCCUCAUAUCCAUCCUUCUCGCUGCCAUUCCCUCCUGCCUCGGACUUCCACCGAUACGCCUACCAACCAUACUCGCCGCUCGCGUCUCUCAGCAAGCUUACGUUGAACCCAAUCUCAUCGGGGCUGCCGAACUGGUCUGCCCCCUUGAGAGACGGAUUACCCACGCCUCCCGCCGACAUGAACGGCGUGGCUCUGAAUUCUCAGCUCGCUCCGUCAUCGGCGUAUGCGUACCACCAUCACAACGGUCAAUAUGCGGCCAAAUCCUCGUCGAAUCGUGUGCCGCUAGCAAAUACCGUGUCAAAUGCUGCGCCAAACUACCUCCCCCCAAUGAACAAGCAGGUCGUGCAAGUGGAGGAGACUGAAAAAAGCCACAAGAGAAGUGAGAAGGAGUCGUUGCCGUCGUACUCGCAGAUCCCUACUUCUAUCAGGAAGAAUGGAGGCAAUCUGCCCGAAUUCGCAGCCCAGAUUGCUUGUCUGUUCUGGUUUGAAAAGACGUCGAAACUCAAAACGAUCGAAGAGUCAACACCGCAAAAAUACGCACUCGUCCAGGAAGCUUUUCCUACAAUCGGAUUCCAGAAAUGGGUAGCGACCGUGUUGUCCACGACGCAAGUCAGUCAGAAUGUUAUACUGCUCGCCUUGUUAUUCAUCUACCGGUUGAAAAAGUUCAAUCCUGGAGUUCGUGGAAAGAAGGGGAGCGAGUUUCGCUUGAUGACGAUUGCAUUGAUGAUGGGCAAUAAAUUCCUCGAUGACAACACGUACACAAACAAAACAUGGGCUGAGGUUUCCGGAAUCACCGUGCAAGAAAUUCACAUCAUGGAAGUCGAAUUCCUCAGCAACGUUCGGUACAACCUGUUCGUUUCUAAAGAAGAAUGGACACAAUGGCAUUCCAAGCUCAGUCGGUUUGCGGACUUUUUCGAAAAAGCUUUACGUAUGCCUCCAGAGAACGAGUUCGCUCCAACAACGCCUGUGCACCAGAUUUCACCCACAGCAGAUGUUAGACGAUACAAUCUUCCUGUUUCACCAGCAUCGAAAAUGCCAUCUCCACCGUCGACACACCCUCUUCAGCCGCAAACACAAUUACAACCUCAGAUUCAAUCACGACCAGGUUGGAAUUCUACUACAACUCCUUACAGGCUCAACACCUCGCCUCGGGCCUUACCCAACCUCGAAUUCCCACCGUAUUCACGCAAACGCAGCUGGGAGGAUGAUGUGGAAGAAAAUCCAAGCAAACGAUUUGCCGUGUCUAACUACUCGGCGCCGAUGCCUGUUCUGCCAGUUUCUGCGACUUCGAUGCCGUCUGCGGCUGCGAUGUCUUCUGCGGCUGCGAUGUCUUCUGCGGCUGCGAUGUCUGUACCGGUGCUCCCACCGGUCCUUGGUGCAAAUAUGCCUCUGUCGGUGCCGUCGUUGGCAAUUCCUGUUCCUCGUUUGAGUCAACCUACCACUUACCAGCCCGUUUCGACUGCUCUGAUACCGCCUACCUUGCCUGCAGCUACAAUGCCGCAGCAACUUCCUCUCCCUCACGUCCGCGCGAUGUCGACAGUGUUCAAUCCCUCGUCAACAUGGUCACAACAAAUUCCGUCUGCAACGGUUGCGCCAGUCGUUCCGUCGCAAACUUCCAACCCGAUGGCUUUGUACAACUCGGCCGUGUCUCUUCCAGACCCCGUUCGACGACAGAGUCCGUAUUCCGCGACGGUAUCAUCAGAUGCAGUCUCGCCAUCUUCCGCAUUCCACGUGCACACACCUCAAAACCACCUCUCGCCGUCCUUCUUCCUCGUCAACCGCAACUCACCAUACCGCCCUGUGCGCGCCGUGAAUACUCUUCUCAUUCCGCCACCGUCUGCAUCCCUACACCAACCCCGUCACCUGUCAAUGGACCAGAUGCACUACCAACCAUUAGGCAAGAGCUUUACUGAACGUCGCACCGGUGUGUUGCCAUACCUCCAUCACGACGGACUACCGCAAGGAGUCAUUCCCCAACAACCGAAUUUCCUUCCUAGCCAAUACUAG